GCUUGAUUACAAAGCAAUGGCGGACACAAACCCAUUCCUUCCUGUCACCAGCUCCGGCUACACUCAUCUCCCUGAUGAGUCCCACCAAACUAACGCUCCGGUUAUCCGGCGUCGGAGACCAUUUAAAGAGCACCUGAUAGUGGUUAUUGGGCUGUUAGCAUUAGGCUUGUUUGUGGCAUUCAUAGGUUACAAGGCAUCAAGUAAUGGCCAUGUGCAUGACAAUGAAAAUGGCUCCUUCCAAGCUUUGUCCAGGGAACCUCAAACUAAUCCAUUAGUGUCACGUGGUCCAACAACCGGAGUGUCAGAGAAGGCAAACCGCGUCAGGGGACCCAAAAGUUCACAGCACGCGUCGCGUGGGCCGGCUGCUGGCGUGUCCGAAAAGUCGAACCUUGUAGGAAACAAUUUGCGGUCGUAUCCGUGGGACAUUAGCAUGCUGUCAUGGCAAAGAACGUCUUUCCAUUUUCAGCCUGAGAAGAACUGGAUGAAUGAUCCCAAUGGUCCGAUGUUUUACAAGGGAUGGUAUCACUUCUUCUAUCAGUACAAUCCAAAAGGUGCAGUGUGGGGAAACAUUGUCUGGGGUCAUGCUGUAUCAAAGGACUUGAUCAAUUGGAUGCACUUACCCUUAGCCAUAGUCUCUGAUAAGUGGUACGACAUCAACGGCGUCUGGACAGGGUCAGCUACCAUCCUCCCUGAUGGCCAAGUCAUCAUGUUAUACACUGGAUGCACCAACGAAUCUGUCCAGGUUCAAAAUCUUGCUUAUCCAGCCGAUGCUUCUGAUCCUUUGCUCAUCAAUUGGGUCAAAUACUCUAAUAACCCUGUUCUAGUUCCGCCACCAGGCAUCAAUGACAAGGAUUUCCGAGACCCGACAACCGCAUGGUUAACUGCUGAGGGGAAGUGGCGGAUUAUAAUUGGGUCCAAGAUGGGUAGAGAAGGGAUUGCUCUAGUUUAUGACACCAAUGACUUCAAAACCUAUGAAAUUGAAGGGAUUCUCCAUGCCGUCCCAGGUACCGGAAUGUGGGAGUGUGUUGAUCUUUUCCCCGUAUCAACUGAAGAGUCAAAUGGUUUGGCUACAUUGGCUAAUGGCCCUGGAGUGAAGCAUGUGAUCAAGGCAAGCCUGGAUGAUGACAGAAAUGACUACUAUGCUAUUGGGACUUACUAUGACAAGAACCACACAUGGGUUCCGAACAAUCCAAGUAUCGACAUCGGGAUCGGAAUUAGAUACGAUUACGGCAUAUUCUACGCCGCCAAGACAUUCUAUGAUCAGGAUAAAGAGAGGAGAAUCUUGUGGGGUUGGAUUGGAGAAUCUGAUAGUGAAGCUGCAGAUGUGAAGAAGGGAUGGGCUUCCCUUCAGAGUAUUCCGAGGACCAUUUUGAUGGACAGGAAAACAGGUACCAAUCUAAUUCAAUGGCCAGUGGAGGAGGUGGAGAGUUUAAGAGUAAACAACACGGAUUUUGACAGGGUGGAGAUGAAAGCAGGGGAAACAAUUCCACUAGAUGUGGGAUUAGCCACACAGUUGGAUAUCAUUGCAGAGUUUGAGAUAGAUAAAGAGGCUUUGGACAAAGCAGUCGAGAGCAAUGAGACUUUCAGUUGUGAAGGGAGUGGUGGAGCUGCCGAGCGUGGUGCUCUAGGACCGUUUGGAGUUUUGGUUCUGGCAGAUGAAACCCUUGCUGAGCAAACUCCAGUUUACUUCUACAUUGUAAAAGCAAAAGAUGGUUUUUUUAAGACUUUCUUCUGCACUGAUAAGUCAAGGUCAUCAGAGGCAACUGAUGUUAACAAACAGAUAUAUGGGAGUUUCGUUCCAGUGCUAGAAGGUGAAAAUUUGUCAAUGAGAAUAUUGGUGGAUCAUUCAAUAAUUGAAAGCUUUGCUCAAGGUGGGAGGUCCUGCAUCACGGCUAGGACAUACCCCACAAAAGCAAUCCAUGAAGCAGCUAGAGUAUUUUUGUUCAACAAUGCUACUAAUGCAAGUGUUACUGCCUCACUCAAGAUAUGGCAAAUGGACUCUGCAGACUUUCAAAUCUACCCGAACGAUGCUACCCGACAAUUGAGUGUUUUCACCAGCAUCCUCAUUUUAGCAGCAUAUUUAUCAUGCAUUGAAAAGUUUAUAUGGUAAUAGGUUUUAGAGAGGACCACCACCCCCCCCCCCCCCCCAAAAAAAAAAAAAAAAAAAAGAAAGAGAAAAUGGACAAAACAAAAAUCAAAUUUUUAGGAAAAAAAUCGUAAUAAUACAGCCUGUUUUCCGAGGCAUUGAAAGAGAAGAGAAACACUUGCCAACAUGUACCAAUGAAAUCUUCCCUUUCUCUCAAACAAAAAACAAAGGCUGUAUAGGAUCCCCAUUGGAUAUGGGAAACAAAUAUAUCCUCUUUCAAAAAGGCAUGAAUUUUUGUAUUAGGGUAAGCCAUGAUAUUGUCUUUGUAAUUCUUGACCAUUAUGAUAAUCAAGGGUUAGGUUACAUUAUGAUCUAUUAUUUUGUUUUUAUAUAUCUGAUGUUAAAAUAAAAAUAAAAUCGUUUC